CCUAUUUGUUACAAACUGCGGCCAACAAACCCGUGCGUGGCACUCUUCUCCUUCAUGUGGACACACCUCAGACCCGCGGAGUAAGUAAUAGGGGGAGGUUAUGGUGGCAGUGUUGGCCAAGCUGGCCGCAUGCUAUAACCAGGACGCGUGCUAUCAUGUCCGACGCAUGAGAAUUCAAGAAUUGUCAACCUCUUUUUGGUGCCAUGCGGCGGCUACCAGACCAACCGUCAAAACAUGAGGUUCGUAGAUAUGCCGGGUUGACCGCGCGCGAAUGGGAUGACGUAUUUGUUGCGAUAAUAACCAAAGAAGCCAGGAGGCUCAGAGAACAAGACCCUGACAUACUAUGGAGGGCUCUCAGUCAAGAGGCAAAGAACGCGAUUGUGAACAAUGUCAACCAGAAGCUAGCCGAAAAGAGCAUCCGUCCAGUGAGCUUGGAAGUCGUAGGGAAACGUCUCGGUCUAUCGUUAACUCGCAUGAAGCAUGAAGCUCGCAAGAAAGCUUUGGCUGCGAAACAAAAGGCAUCUACUAAUGCUGCUGCCGUUGCUACUAGCAUGCCGGCCCAACGAGCCCGACCUUAUGACCCUGUGCGAGACCUAUGA